GCCCUAUGAGCCAUGAAACGUCGGGGGAAGGAACGAAAAACGAAAUCUGCAGCAGCCUGGCAGCAGCCCGUGCGCGAAGGCAUCAUACACGAGAUCAACUCAUACACUUAAAAUAUAUACAUCACAUACAUAUUUAUAUUUAUGUACAUAUAUAUCAAGAGUACAUACUACUACCAAAAAGUAGUGACUAGUGUGUGAAUUAUUGGAGUUGGGAGUGUAGAGCAGCAUUGUGAAUUAUGGACUAGUCAGUAGUGUUGUUUGUCCGUUAGUACCUUGCGUCUUUGUAGCCAUCCUCGACCCACGUCGUCUUCGAACGGCAAAGUCAUACGCAAAGUAUAAUUGCACAUUGGACAUCACUAAUUGUCCAUUACUCUGUCUCAUAACUUGUUCAUAUGCAACAUUAAGUUCAAAAGUUUAAUUUUUAAAUCUGAUAUCAGGUGUUGGUGUUGGUGCUGGUGCUGCUGAUUCCAAUAAACCAUUUUUGUUCCUGUCAAUAAUUAUUAUUUUCCCAUUUACAUCGCGAGCAUCGUGAGUAGUACGCUGGUAUCCAUGUACAUGUCGAUGUAGAUGUAAAUGUUAAAAAAAAAUAUAUACAUAUAUAUUUGAUUGUAUAAAACUUACGACAAAACAACGACAUCGUCACGGACAUGAUCGUAAUGAUGGCAGGACGGGGAAAGUGUCGAAAGAACAGUGGAUUGGAUCCAGAGUGAUUUUUUUUUUUGUUUAAAAUAAUAUUUUUUUGAAAAUUAUUUUACUGAGUUUGAAUAAUAAAUAAUUAACUCGGAGAGGCGUGACAGUGAUUUAAAAUAAUAACUAAAGACAUCAAGUGAUUGGGGAAAUAAAGUUUUACGGGUUUGUAAAAGGACGGUAAUAAAUUUUUUAAAAUAAAUAAUCAGUACACAAAUAAUAAUAAUAAUUAUUAUUAUUAUUAUUGCAAGCAAGUGCUGUGUGAUUUGAAGAGUGGCCAGCGCGUAGCUGCGUAGGGCACAUCCAAGUUGGCGUCGUCGUGGCUGCUAAUAAUCGUCGAGUAGUUGUGAGCUCUCGUCGUGCAUCAUCGUGUGCACAAGACGAGGAGACAUGGUAUCCAAGGUAAAUGAUUUUGAGAGUACGAGGUACAGUCGAACUGCUGCUUACAUGAAGAACAUGAUGGGCGAGAAAAGUUCUGGAUGUGGAGCUGCCGACUCGGAAUUCGAGUUUGGUGCACCUCCUGAAGCCCCCGUCUUCGAGCCGACCGCCGAAGAGUUCCUGGACCCGCUGGGAUACAUCGCCAAGAUUCGUCCGAUUGCUGAAAAGUCUGGGAUAUGCAAAAUAAAACCGCCGCCUAACUGGCAGCCUCCAUUUGCAGUGGACGUCGAUAAAUUUAAAUUUGUACCGAGGAUACAGAGGCUGAAUGAGCUGGAGGCUAAAACGAGGAUAAAACUCAAUUUUUUAGAUCAAAUUGCUAAAUUUUGGGAGCUUCAGGGCUCCUCGUUAAAAAUUCCACUCGUUGAAAAGAAAGCUUUGGAUCUUUAUUCAUUACACAAAAUAGUUAGUGAAGAAGGAGGAAUUGAAACGGUGAGGAGAGAGCGGAGGUGGGCAAAAAUAGCGAACAAAUUAGGAUAUCCUUCGGGUAAAAGUGUUGGCAGUAUUUUAAAAAAUCAUUACGAGAGAAUUUUGUAUCCAUUUGAUGUAUUCAAGCAGGGAAAAACACUCGGUGAUAUUAAAAUAGAAGCACCAGAAACAGAAGCGAGUGAGAAGAAAGACCGCGACUACAAACCUCAUGGUAUAAUAUCACGUCAGCAGAUAAAACCACCAACGGCUAAAUUUUCUCGUCGAUCAAAACGUUUUACUGGUCAGGAUGAGAAGCAAGAUGUGGCUGCUGUCAAGCAGGAGGAUUGCAAAGAGGAAUGUGACUCUGACAAUGAGUGCAAGGAAGAAAUCAAACUGGAAGACGACAAAGACAGUAAGGAGCUUAAGAAGUUGCAGUUCUACGGAGCUGGACCCAAGAUGGCGGGCUACAUUACCAAAGAAACUAAAAAAUCAAACAAAACACGUGGAAUUAAGUACACGUAUGACUAUGAUCCACUUGCCAAGUACAUUUGCCACAAUUGCGGACGUGGAGACAUGGAAGAGAGUAUGCUGUUGUGCGAUGGCUGCGAUGACAGCUACCACACGUUUUGUCUUCUUCCACCACUGACGGAAAUACCUAAAGGCGACUGGAGAUGUCCCAAGUGUGUUGCCGAGGAAGUUUCUAAGCCCAUGGAAGCUUUUGGAUUCGAGCAGGCCCAGAGGGAGUACACACUCCAGCAGUUUGGGGAGAUGGCCGACCAGUUCAAGAGUGAUUACUUCAACAUGCCUGUUCACAUGGUCCCCACGUCGCUGGUAGAGAAGGAGUUCUGGAGAAUAGUGUCUUCCAUUGAUGAAGAUGUUACUGUUGAGUACGGAGCGGAUCUGCAUACUAUGGAUCAUGGCUCUGGAUUUCCCACAAAGACCAGCGUUAAUUUGUUCACUUGCGACCAAGAGUAUGCCGAGUCUUCGUGGAAUCUAAACAAUCUUCCGGUAUUACAUGGCAGUGUCUUGGGUCACAUUAAUGCGGACAUAAGUGGAAUGAAAGUACCCUGGAUGUACGUUGGUAUGUGCUUUGCUACAUUCUGCUGGCACAACGAAGAUCACUGGAGCUAUUCGAUAAACUAUUUACACUGGGGAGAACCCAAGACCUGGUACGGCGUCCCUGGGUCAGAAGCUGAAAAGUUUGAGCUGUCCAUGAGGUCCGCUGCUCCAGAAUUAUUUCACAGUCAGCCAGAUUUACUUCAUCAGUUAGUUACAAUCAUGAAUCCGACGAUUUUAACUAAUGAAGGUGUCCCAGUAUUCCGAACGGAUCAACAUGCCGGUGAAUUUGUUGUUACGUUCCCACGAGCUUAUCACGCAGGCUUUAAUCAAGGCUACAAUUUUGCCGAGGCCGUAAAUUUCGCUCCUGCCGACUGGCUUAAAAUCGGACGGGAAUGUAUUACUCAUUAUUCAAAUUUACGUCGGUUUUGUGUAUUCUCCCACGACGAGCUGGUCUGCAAAAUGUCCCUGGAUCCCGACUCAUUGGACAUUGGCGUUGCCACGGCAACCUAUCAAGACAUGCUGACAAUGGUAGAUGACGAAAAGAAAUUGCGCAAAAAUUUACUAGAAUGGGGUGUUUCAGAGGCAGAACGUGAAGCAUUUGAAUUAUUACCAGACGAUGAACGUCAGUGCGAGGCGUGCAAGACGACAUGUUUCCUCAGCGCAGUGACUUGUUCGUGUCAGAGUAACCAGCUAGUGUGUCUGAGGCAUUUUCGUGAUCUCUGUAACUGUCCACCGGAAAAACAUACUCUGAGAUAUCGGUACACGCUUGAUGAGCUGCCGAUAAUGCUGCAAAAAUUGAAACUUAAGUCCGAGUCAUUUGACUCAUGGGUUGCUAAAGUGAAGGAGGCAAUGGAUCCCAAGGGAGAGAAGAUUGAGCUGACAGAAUUGAAGGAGUUGCUGAGUGAAGCGGAGGUUAAAAAGUUUCCCGACAGCGAACUGUUGACGGCGUUGACUACUGCUGUCCAAGACGCCGAGAAGUGUGCGAGUGUAGCCCAGCAGUUGCUGAACAACAAACAGCGGACACGGACACGUCAGACGGUUGACACUAAGUACAAAUUGACGAUCGAGGAGUUGACCCUCUUUUAUAAAGAGAUAACAAAUUUAUGCUGUGAAUUAAAAGAGUCUGAUGGUGUUAAAUAUAUUCUGGACCAGGUGUUACAGUUCCAGAAAGACGCAGACGAGUUCGAAGCCCAGAAUGAUGAUUGUGAUUUAGAUAAAUUGGAGAAGUGCAUCGACUUUGGUGAUUCUAUUUGCAUCGAGCUGCCGCAAUUGGUGAGAUUGAAACAGAAAUUGAGUCAGAUUCAAUGGCUUGAUGAAGUUAAGACCAUGUUGGACGAUUCUAAAUCAAUAACGAGAGAGGAUCUCACUAAAUUGAUUGAACAGGGGAUGUCAAUUCCACCCCACAUAAGUAUCGAAACUAUGCUAUCAAAGUUACAGCAGCUUGUGAUUAAUAUCGACAAGUGGGAGGAGAGAGCCAAGGGAUAUUUGCAAGCCAAGAGUCGACACAAUGUCUGCGUUAUUGAGGAAUUUAUUCAGGAAGCCGAUGACAUUGAUGCUUACUUACCUAGUCUUGAUAGUCUCCAGGAUAUAUUGAUAAAAGCUAAAAAUUGGACCAAGACUGUUGAUGAAAUUCAAGCCCGUGACAUUUUUCCGUACUACGAUACUCUCGACGAGCUUGUACGUAAGGGAAAAAAUAUUCCACUGCAUUUAGAACCACUUCCAAUGCUCGAGUCAACGCUGUCACAAGCAAAAGCUUGGAAGGAACGAACAGCGAGGACAUUUUUACGUAAAAAUUCUCAUUAUACUUUGAUGGAAGCCCUGUCACCGCGUAUUGGUGUCGGUGUCCAAGCAAUGAAGACUAAGAAAAACAAAGGAGACGAGAGUGUUGGUGCACUAUAUGUCUGCGACACAAAACUUGACGAUUCUAGUGACUCGGCAAAUGUCGUAGCUGCCUUUAAAUUAGCCGAGCAACGUGAAAUGGACGCGAUGAGAAAUUUGAGGGAUAGAAAUAUGCAAAAAGGAACAUUAGAUGACUCAAGGUAUUGCGUUUGUCGCAGGCCACGUUUUGGAUUAAUGCUGCAGUGCGAAUUAUGCAAGGAUUGGUUCCAUUCAAAUUGUGUCCCACUUCCAAAGACAAUACACAAGGGUAAAGUACAGCCGUCACGGGAAAUUAAAUUUCUGUGUCCGUGUUGUUUGAGAUCACGAAGACCGCGACUUGAGUCCAUUCUUGCUCUACUGGUUGGCUUGCAAAAAAUUCCCAUACGAUUACCUGAGGGUGAAGCACUCACUUGUCUCACUGAACGCGCCAUGAACUGGCAAGAUCGUGCUCGACGUGCACUUGCCACCGAGGAAAUAUCAUCAGUGCUGGCGAAGCUGUCGGCGUUGUCACAGAAACUUGUUGAAGCAGCGGCACGUGAGAAAACAGAAAAAAUAAUAAGUACCGAAUUGAAGAAGGCUGCUAAUAAUCCAGAAUUACACCAACGAGUACAAGCUAUUGCGCCAUUAAGUGGCGUACAUUCUGAUGACAGUGUACUCAGUGCUGCUGAUGAUGACGAUGACGUUGUUACCAUUGAUGGUGAUGAACCUUCCUGCAGUACUUUCAAUAGUAAUGAGCACGCGUAUUCGUAUAUAUCAAAAUUACAGCGUAAAUUACAAUCACAAGGAGGCGAGAGUGCGGUAACCCUGUCGCUGAGUGCCCGAACAAAACUUGAAGACUUAAUGAUGGAGGGUGAUUUACUUGAAGUGGCUCUUGAUGAGACCCAGCACAUCUGGCGGAUUCUCAGUCACACAAAUAGCCCGACGACAGUGCGCAAGUACGCGGCAUUUGAAGACGUUCAGGCGAAUUUCAAUUCUGAUGUCAAAGAUGUGAAAAAGCGCGGGAGAAAGAGAAAGUCUGAUGAAUUUGAUCUGGUGAAAUCUAUUAGCCGUCAGAAAAUAAUUGACGAAAAAAAUCAGACUGCGAGUCCCAAUGCUGUUGUAAAGAAAAAGGGAACUGGGUCAGCGACAAGUAGUCCUGGAGCUGGAGCUGCGGGGUUGAAUAAUAAAGAUAAGAAAUUAGUACCACAGAGUCCAAUUAAACGUGGACCUCGUAAGGUAUGGAAUAUCAAACGAAAGGAAGGAGAUGACGUGCCCAAGAAAAAAGGAGGAAACAGAAAAAAAACAAAACAGGAUACCUCCGAUGAGGAAGACGAUUGUGCAGCAGACAAUUGCCUCCGACCAAAUGGACGAGAAGUCGACUGGGUACAGUGCGACGGUGGGUGCAACGGGUGGUUCCACAUGCACUGCGUCGGUCUCGACAGAACCGAGCUCGCAGAGGAAGAUGACUACAUCUGCAGCAAUUGCAAAGACGCGGAUCAAAAUACAACGUCUCAGGGUUACCUCAGCGGGGACAACGAGCAGGAGAUUGAGGAGCCCACGUCCUUCGCCAGGACCUAUUAAAGUCUCUGCUGUUAAACACCGCACAAUUUAUUAAUGGAUUACAUUAUUAGGGUCUCUAUUUAUUUAUAAUAAUUACAUUUAUAUAGAUUCUUUUUUUAAAGACCUUGAUUACGCGGUGUUGUAGAUAGACUGAAGAUAUAUAUUUAUAUAUAUAUUUAAACAAACAAUACAUGUAAAUUAUUUAAAUAGAAGUGACUUUUCUAUGGAAAGAGCUAAUUAAAAUUUUACACAGAUGGAUAAUAAAACACUUAUAUAAUCAUAUCUACUUUGCCUUCUUAACAUACUCUUAUUGAAGAUAAAAAAUUAAAUAAACUAUUAACUAAAAAUAUUAAACACUUAGAAAUAAUUUUCUUUACAAUUUAUUUGUUUAAAUUAUUUAUUUACAAUUAAUAUUAAUAUAUAUUUACGAAAUAAUUAUUUCAUAUUUACAAAUAAUUAACUGAUAGAAAAAGAAAAAUUUGUAAAUAUGCAACUUAUCAUAAUUUCAAAAAAAGGAAAAAAGCGCGGGUUUAAAAUUUAAAUUAUGAAUGAUUAUUUUUUUUUUUUCUUUGCAUUUGAUACUGUAGAUGUAAAAAAAAUAUGAUAAUUAAGAUCUUAAAAUGUAUUUUACUCUCUCGAAUUUUUAUUUUACUGUAUUUUAGGUAGGGGCAAUUAUUUUGUUAAGAUUUGAAUUUAAAAAAAAAAGAGAGAGUUAAGAAUGUGACGCGAAUCGCGGACUGUAUAAAGCAGAGUUUUAUUAUAAAGUAAUUGAUAAAAAUAUUUGAAAGACCGACAGUGGUAUCACAUGUGUGAUAACUAUUUGUACAAUUAUUACCCAUUGUUGAUUGAUAUGUGUUUAAGUAUUUUUAGUUAACGGUUAAGAUUGUAUGACUAAUAAUUAAAUGAUGAUAAAUAAUAAGAUAAACAAUGUAUGUAUAAUUAGAUUUAAGCACAUGAGAGUGUAACACAGUGUGUUUUAAAUAUGAGCAUACUUAAACUACGUGUUUCUCGACAUUUAAAACAGGCUGUGAAUUUUAAAACAAUUUAAUAAAUAAUAAUAAUUAAAUAGUAGAAUCCAAAAACAAUAAGAAAUAACAAGAAAAAAUACAAAUAUAUUCAAUACAUAAAAUUGAUGAUACAUAUAUAUAUAUAUAUAUAUGAAUAUAUAUAUUGAUAUUUUAUUAUUAAUAACUCGUAUAUAUGUAAUCAGCCAUUUCA